GCGUGGAUGGUGAAUGUUGUCGACGAGUGCAUGAUUGCCUCGACCUCGUCUGCGGCAAUGGUGUCGCAAUCGAUCGCCUCCGUGUCCCUCGUGUCGGCGAGCUCGGUCUCCUCCGUGUCCGCUGCAUCGGCCUCCUCCGUGUCUGCUACGUCUGCGGCAUCAGUCGCCGCUGUGCUUGCGUCAGUCGCUUCCGUGUCCUCUGCGUCCGCCGCGUCUGUGAUCUCUUCAUCCUCAGUCGCUGCUGCUUUGGCAUCGGCUGCCUCUGUGUCCUCCGUUUCCGCGGCCUCGGUUACGUCCGCAGCCUCAGUUGCCUCCGUGUCCUCCGCGUCUCCAGCGUCUGUUACUUCUGCAGCCUCCGUUGCAGCCGUCUUGGAGUCUGUUGCCUCCGUGUCCUCCGUGUCCGCCGCCUCUGCAGCAUCUGCAGCAUCUGUUGCUUCCGUGUCCUCCGUUUCGGCUGCCUCCGCUACUUCUGCAGCCUCCGUUGCCGCCGUCUUGGAGUCUGUUGCUUCUGUUGCGUCAGUUGCUUCCGUCGCCUCUGUUGCCUCCGUCGCCUCAGUUGCUUCCGUGUCCUCCGUUUCGGCUGCCUCCGCUACUUCUGCAGCAUCCGUUGCCGCCGUCUUGGAGUCUGUUGCUUCCGUGUCCUCCGUUUCGGCUGCCUCCUCUACUUCUGCAGCAUCCGUUGCCGCCGUGCUCUCUGCUUCUAUUUCUUCAACCGCUUCAGCAUCAGCUGCAUCCGUUGCAUCGUCCAUUGCACAACAAGGUGGAGGUUCUCAAGACUCAUCUGCAUCCUCAGCAGCUGCCAUCGCUGGAGCUGUUGCGUCUGUGGCGGUUGUUGCGAUCAUUGCAUUGAUGUUAAUCGUGUUGCGACGCCGGCGCUCGCAGAGCUCAGUCACGCGACCGAAGGAAUCUGCAACGGACCCUGCCGAUCCCGUCUAUCAGGAGGCUGUUGAAAUGACAGUCUCCCCUCUUCGAUCUCCCCAAAAGGAGGACAUUGCCGCUUAUGCCACGGCAGGUCAAAAGCAGCCAGAAGCGUUGUACCAAGCCAUCUCAACGACCUCUCCCGAGGUGAUAUAUGAUUAUGCGAGCGCGCAUGUCGCUGGCAGCAAUUCUCGUCGCGUUCGCGAAGGCUUGACCAUUGUGAAGCACCUCGCCAGCGGCAACUUUGGCGAUGUAGCACUGGGUCAAGUCCCGCCUAGCGUACUGCCCCUACGAGCACAGGUCUUGCUUGGACCUGCAGCAUCCGAAACCGUGCAAGUUGCCGUCAAGUCUCUGAAGUCUGAUGCAGACGAAAAGUCCCGCAAGGACUUUGAAAGCGAGGCGAAGUUGAUGGCGCCGUUUGUGCACCCCAACGUUGUUCGCCUGCUUGCAGCUCUUGUAGAGUCAGAGCCGCAUCUCAUUCAUGCGAUUCGUCAGAUUGCACUCGGGAUGGAGUAUCUGGGCACGCUCCACUUUGUGCAUCGUGAUCUUGCUGCUCGAAACUGUCUUGUGGGGCAAGGAAUGGUGGUGAAGAUUGCCGACUUUGGGCUUUCUCGCGUGCUGGCCUCCGAGACCGACUACUAUCGCAUGCAAACGGGCGGCAAACUUCCGUUGAAGUGGAUGGCGCCGGAAACGUUGAAUUUCCGCAAGUUCUCAUCCAUGUCCGACGUGUGGUCGUUCGCCGUGACAGCCUGGGAAUGCUCCAGCUAUGGUGCAGCACCGUACGGCAAGAUGGACGGGCGUGAAACUCUGGCUCAUGUGGAAGCUGGUGGUCGCCUGCCCAUGCCCGAGCACUGCUCAGCCGACCUCUUCAACCUGAUGCUGAGUUGUUGGAACGUCAUACCCGAACUGCGUCCAAACUUUUCGCAGCUCGUCAAAGCGCUGAAAAACUUUGAGGAUGGAACCACCGUCCGCGAGAUCGGGGCUCUGUUGUGA